CGUUGUUAUUUUCGCUGGACGUGUCAGUUGUCCCCUGACAGUUAGUUUGUUUGUCGGAGUGUUUUGGCUCGGAGGGCAACUUGGUGUCGUCGUGGAGGGAUUUUCUCCAGACUUGGAGCGGUGACAGCGGGGUUUAACUGGCGGAAUAAUCAAUAAACAAAAAGCCGUCCUGUGUGAGGAGUGUAUGAGGCUAACACACAAGUAGCUCCAAACCGAGCCGAGCCGAGCCGAGCCAGACCCGACCAUGCCAGUCAGAAAGAAAGACGCACAGCGAGCCCUGCUGCUGCUGGAGGAGUACCGGGCCAAGCUGCACCACGCCGAGGACCGGCAGCUCCGACACUCCAUCCAGAGGGUCAUUGACAUCUUCCAGAGCAACCUCUUCCAGGCUCUCAUAGAUAUCCAGGAAUUUUACGAAGUGACCUUAUUGGACAGUCAGAGAUGGGCGGAGUCUUCCAAGGCAGCAGACCCCAUGGCGCCCGUCCACCUGUGGGACUUCUCCAGCCUUCAAAGCACAACGGUGACCUCGGACACUCUGCCCAGCCUUAGCACCAGCAUCGAGAAGUACAGGCACCACGAUGAGGACUCGUCCCCCCAGGACCAGAGCUCCCCCCAGCUGACGGAGGAGGCGGGGGGGCCAGAGCUGGUCCAGGUAGCAGAGAAGAACCUUUCCCAGAUCGAGAAUGUGCACGGAUACGUCACCCACGCUCACAUCUCACCUAUGAAGGUAGCAUCUCUGGAGUGCAUCUUUGACGGCUCCUCAGCGUUAGGACAGCAGCACCUCCCGGAGCUCCCCUCCCCUUCGUCCUCCACCCUCUAUACCCACGGCGAGGACAGCCCCCUCCCCUCCUGCUCCUCCAACCCCUACCCCCCAAUCCAGCAGGCAGAGGCCACCCCGCCCUCCUCUCCCAUAAUCCCUGUGAUCCCAGUCUCACCAAUCGCAGCCGAGACCACCAUCAUGCCUCCGACGUCACAGGCCAACCCUCCCCCUGUGGUGGUCAACACAGACAGCCUGGACACGCCUCCAUAUGUGAACGGGACGGAGGCUGAUUAUGAGUACGAGGAGAUCACGCUGGAGAGGGGGAACUCGGGUCUGGGCUUCAGCAUCGCGGGCGGCACAGACAACCCUCACAUCGGUGAAGACCCCAGCAUCUUCAUCACCAAAGUCAUACCUGGAGGAGCCGCUGCUCAGGACGGACGGCUCAGGGUUAAUGAUGUCAUCCUGAGAGUUAACGAGGCGGAUGUUCGGGAUGUGACCCACAGCCGAGCCGUGGAGGCCCUGAAGGAGGCCGGCUCGCUGGUCCGACUCUACGUCCGCAGGAGGAAACCCGUCUCAGAGAAAGUGAUGGAGAUCAAACUGGUGAAAGGACCCAAAGGUCUGGGCUUCAGUAUAGCAGGCGGAGUGGGGAACCAGCACAUCCCAGGCGACAACAGCAUCUACGUCACCAAGAUCAUUGAAGGAGGAGCUGCACAUAAAGACGGGAGGCUGCAGAUCGGAGACAAACUGCUGGCUGUGAACAGUGCUUGCCUGGAGGAGGUGAGCCACGAACACGCCGUCACUGCCUUGAAAAACACUCCUGACGUGGUCUACUUGAAAGUGGCUAAACCCAACAGUGUCUUCAUGAACGACAGCUUCGCCCCGCCCGACCUCACCAACUCGUACUCCCAGCACAUGGAGAACCAUAUCAGCCCCCCCAACGUCCUGGGUCAGCCCCUCCCCCCGCCAGCAUCCUCGGGACGCUACUCCCCGACCCCGAAGAGCAUGCUGGGAGACGACGAUGUCACCCGGGAGCCCAGGAAGGUGGUGCUGCACAGAGGAGCGACAGGACUGGGCUUCAACAUCGUGGGCGGGGAGGACGGAGAGGGAAUCUUCAUCUCCUUCAUCCUCGCUGGAGGACCAGCUGACCUCUGUGGAGAGCUGAGGAAAGGAGACAGACUCGUCUCCGUAAAUGGGGUGGACCUGCGUAACGCCACCCACGAACAGGCAGCCGCCGCCCUGAAGAACGCCGGGCAGACGGUGACCAUCAUCGCCCACUACAGACCAGAGGAGUACAGUCGGUUCGAGGCGAAGAUCCACGACCUGAGAGAGCAGAUGAUGAACAGCAGCAUCAGUUCUGGAUCUGGAUCUUUGCGAACGAGUCAGAAGAGGUCGCUGUACGUCAGAGCUCUGUUCGACUACGAUAAGACCAGGGACUCCGGUCUGCCCAGUCAGGGACUCAACUUCAAGUUUGGAGACAUCCUCCACGUGGUGAACGCCUCUGACGAUGAGUGGUGGCAGGCCAGACAGCUGACGUCACAGGGGGAGGUGGAGGAGGUGGGGGUGAUCCCCAGCAAAAGACGGGUUGAGAAGAAGGAGAGAGCGAGAUUAAAGACGGUGAAGUUCAACGCAAAGUCUCGAGACAGAGGGCAGUCUCUCAAUGACAAGCGUAAAAAGAACCUCUUUUCCCGAAAGUUUCCGUUCUACAAGAGCAAAGAGGCGAGCGAGCAGGAGACCAGCGAUGUCGACCAACAUGUGACCUCUAACGCCAGCGAUAGUGAAAGUAGCUACCGUGGGCAGGAGGAGUACGUUCUGUCGUAUGAACCCGUCACUCAGCAGGAAGUGAACUACACUCGUCCCGUCAUCAUCCUCGGCCCCAUGAAGGAUCGGAUCAACGACGACCUGAUCUCCGAGUUCCCAGACAAGUUCGGAUCCUGCGUCCCUCAUACGACCCGGCCGAAACGGGACUACGAGGUGGACGGCAGAGAUUAUCACUUUGUGGUGUCCAGAGAGCAGAUGGAGAAGGACAUCCAGGACCACAAGUUCAUCGAGGCGGGACAGUACAACAACCACCUGUAUGGAACCAGCGUACAGUCGGUCCGAGAGGUGGCCGAGAAGGGUAAACACUGUAUCCUGGACGUGUCUGGGAACGCCAUCAAGAGACUCCAGCUGGCGCAGCUUCAUCCCAUCGCCAUCUUCAUCAAACCCAAAUCUGUGGAGAACAUCAUGGAGAUGAACAAGCGUCUGACAGAGGAGCAGGGCAGGAAAACCUUCGACAGAGCCACCAAGCUGGAGCAGGAGUUCACCGAGCAUUUCACAGCCAUCGUUCAGGGCGACACUCUGGAGGAGAUCUACGAUCAGGUGAAGCAGAUCAUCGAGGAGCAGUCGGGUCCGUUCAUAUGGGUUCAGUCCAAGGAGAAGUUAUGAGGUUCAAAACUCUGUCUGCGCCAUCGCUCCUCCUCUCUUUAGAUUCACUUUGUUUUACUUUGAAAAGAAAAGUCGACCUGCAGACAGCAGCAUCCUCCCUCCUCCCUCCUCCCUCCUGCCUCCUGCCUCCGGAUCAACGAUACGACACACCGGCUGAUCAGAGCGUUGUUUCAUUUUGUAUUUGUUUUGCCUGAAUAAGACUCCAUUGUUGGGUUUCCUGACCAGCAGAGUAAAGCACACAGGAAGUUUGAUGACAUCACUCAACACGGUACAGCUCCUUAAUGUUUAAGGGAGGAGAAGAAGAAGAAGAAGACGUGUCCAUGAAAGUGGUGAGAAGAAACGUACGAAGAUGAUUUUAUCUUUUUUUUUUUUUUUUUUUU